AUGGCAGAUAGUGCCCUUACGCCUCAAUUUGAUGAUGGAGAUAUAGCAUGGAUGCUAGCUUCAACAGCACUUGUAUGGUUCAUGGUACCCGGCGUAGGAUAUUUCUAUAGUGGAAUGGCGAGAAGCAAGAAUGCGUUAUCUUUAAUAAUGUUAUGUUUCUUGUCCGUGCCCAUCGUUUCAAUACAGUGGUUUAUAUGGGGAUACAGUCUUGCAUUUAGUAGGACAGGAGGCCCAUUCAUAGGAAAUUUACGGAAUGCAUUCUUCAUGAAUGUCGGGGGAGAUCCAACUUUAAAGAUUGAAUCUGUUCCGGAGCUUGUUCACGCCAUCUAUCAGUGUAUGUUCGCAGCAAUUACGCCGGCGUUAGCUAUUGGUGCAGCAGCGGAGCGAGCUCGUAUGGGUCCUUUGCUCGUAUUCAUUUUCAUUUGGACGACAUUGGUCUAUGAUGUGAUCGCUUGCUGGAUUUGGUCGGCGAAUGGAUGGUUUAAAUUAAUAGGAGGAAUCGAUUUCGCGGGUGGUACUCCCGUGCACAUUGCAUCUGGAGCUGCCGCUCUCGCUUAUUGCUUGAUGCUUGGGAAACGUCACGGACAUGGAAGGGAUGAAUUUAAACCUCAUAAUAUCGUAAAUAUCAUCCUCGGCACCACGUUAAUGUGGUUUGGAUGGUUUGGAUUUAAUGGUGGUUCCGCAUUCGGAGCAAAUGUUCGAGCUGCCAUGGCCAUUAUGGUUACAAAUUUGGCUGCUUCUUUUGGAGGCCUUACAUGGAUGCUAAUGGAUUAUCGAUUGGAAAAAAAAAUCUCUGCUUUAGGAUUUUGCUCUGGCGCGAUUGCGGGAUUGGUUUGCGUGACUCCAGCGAGUGGGUACAUCACACCACCUAUUUCUGUGAUAUUCGGAAUCUGUGGAGGAGUCUUGUGCAAUUUAUCCGUUAAAUUAAAACAUCUUAUGGAUUUUGAUGAUGCCUUGGAUGUUUUCGCCGUUCAUGGAAUUGGAGGCAUUUGUGGAAACAUUCUUCUCGGUAUCUUUGCCGAUAAAGAAAUUGCGGCUCUUGGUGGUGAAAAGAUUCUAGGAGGAGUUAUAAACGGGCAUUAUGUUCAAUUAGCAUAUCAAUUAGCUUCUUCUGUUGCCGGUCUUUCUUAUUCGUUUGUCGUAACCGGGAUAAUAUUAUACGUGCUUAAUAAAAUUCCCUUGUUGAGGUUAAGGAUGAAUCCUGAAGAAGAAGAACUUGGUACCGACGAAUCUGAAUUAGGCGAAUCUGCUUAUUAUUACCUUGAUAGGGUGAGUAAUUUGCCUGAUUGUAGAAGUGAUCUAAAAAACAUUAAUGUAAUAUCCCCAACACCAGAGGAAACUAUUCCAAAUGAAGGUUCAAUUAAUAUUUCAUACGAAACUACUCAACCACAAGAGGGUGAAAUCAUUUCCCUUCACGUCAUUUUGCUCGAUGAGAGUAAAGCUAAGGUUUAUGAAGUCGUAGCUGAUCAGAAAUUAGAUGGGCAACCGCACCAAGCCAGUGUUCCCUGGCAACGUAUUAAAGAUAAUUCAACCGUUUAUAUUCAAUUCUUUGAAAACUAUCUUUCGGCUGAUCAACAUGUCACCCGAAUUUCUUGCGACAUAAAGCUUCACAAUAUUUCGUCACAAGAUAAUAAGUUAGUGAAUAAACAAAUUGUGGAAGAAAUCUAUUCAAGAAUUCAACAUACGAUAAAUCCUAUUGACGCCGGUGAUCGUGUACUUGUCGCAAUAAUCAAAGCUCUAAUUGCUUUAAAUAAUGAACCAUCAAGUCCAAGACAACUUGCGGAUUGUAUACAGGAUUAUGACUUUACACAGUUAGGUGGGCAGACCCCGUUUGCCACAGUGUCGGGUCACAUAUCAACUCAUUUCUCUCGUGUCCGUCAACGAAUAAUUCCAAAGCCAAUUAUAGGGAAGCAGCCUCACCCAACGAUUACAAAGAGAUCAUUAUAUUAUUUUCUGGAUCCUGACAACGUUUUACGAGAUUUACUUUCAGAGUACUUUCCGGCUCAAACACCACCGGAUUCACCAACCACAACCAUAAGUGAGGAUCAAAGUUACGCUGACACUCCAACGACGCCGUCGGAUAACAAAGAUGUCAACUUUAUAGAAACAAACGGUGAAUCUAUCAGUGAUACCGAAAAUCAAUCCCCUCAACAAAAAAAUCUUCAGAAUAUCCGAGCAAAAGCUCCAACGAUUGAAACUGCUGCUGCGCCUCAUGGAAUUACAGGUGACACGAAGGACAGGACGAAAAGGUCACACGAUACAGGGGAGAGGAAUGCUGUGAUACAACCCUUAUCCCUUAAUUAUUUGCCCCCAAAUCCAACACGUAAUCCUGAAUCACCGAGGGUCCCCUUAACCCCUGACAUACAUAUAAUGAGAAUAAAUGGGUUAGAAGUUUUCACGACCAGAGCAAAGAAUGGGACCGUGUUGUUGCGCAGAGUUGACAAUGGUUACGUUGACAAAUAUUCAUUACUAGAAGCUGGUGGACGGAGGGCGAGAAACAGCGAUCGAAAAUGGAUUUCAUUGGAGGAAGCACAGAUAUUGGCAUCAGAACUAAAUAUAGAGCAAAAUCUUGGCAUAUUGCUUUAUGAAAGAUUGUUCGAUUAUUUCGAUGUUGAUUUGGAUUAUGCUAAUACGUCUAAUGGUUGUUGCGCAGGUCUCGCGUAUUGGUUUCAAUGCGUUAGUCCCAAAAAAAUUUUCCUUGAAUGA